CAUCGCGGGUUCCUCCGGCAACGGAAUGAGUUCCGAAGCUCCGGUCGAAACCUCCUCUGUCGCCAUGGUUGUGCCUUCCUCACCGCUGCCCUUCGGGUCAAGUGUGGGGGCCGCCACCAUGACAUCAUUCUCGAUGCCGAGCUCGAUCUUCGGGUCGGCCCCUCGACCCAUCCUCGGGCUCGAAACCACGGGGGACUACCCCGUCGCAAGAUCCCCCCAGCCCAAUGAAGCCAACGACCCCCUUGUGGCGAUGGUGAACCAAACAUGGUACCACAACAACUAUCUCGCCAUCAAUAUUAUUCUUGAAGGGCUGGGAGAUACGUUGUACCCCGUCUAUGCCGGUGCCAAGCUUGCAAAAGAGCUUUGGAAUAGCUUGAACAAGAAGUAUCAAGCUGAAGAUGCCAGCACGAAGAAGUUCAUCGUCGGGAAGAUGCUGGACUACAAGAUGGUCGACAGCAAAUCUGUUGUCGCCCAAGCAAAAGAGCUUACGGUUAUCUUCAAUAAAUGCAAUGAAGAGAAAGUAGGCGUCAGCGAGGCCUUCCAAGUGGCGGCCAUCAUCCACAAACUUCCCCGGUCGUGGGAAGACUUCCAAGCCGACCUCAAGCUCAAAAGAACGGAGCUAAACCUAGAGCAACUGCUCACGCGGUUGAGAAUCAGAGAGGAGGGGCUUGCCAGAAGAGGUGGAGGGGCAAAGGCGAAUGUGGUAGAACAUCCGUCGGGCUCUUCACAUGGCGGGAAGGACAAGAAGAAAAUGUGUCCUAAGGGUGGUGUUUCAAAAGUUGCAGGGAAGUGCUACAAUUGUGGCAUUACCGGGCAUCGUUCCUCUGACUGUAGGAAAAAGAAGCCAUAGAAAAACAAGAAGAAAACCACCGAAGCUAUGUUUGCAGAGCUCGACAACCUGGACCUCUACGCAGUCGUCACCGAGGUGAAUCUCGUCGGGUCAAACCCGAUGGAAUGGUUUGUGGACACAGGGG